AGGAGAUCAGCUGCUGCUGCUGGCGGCUCCUCCUCCCCGGCAGGACUGAGUCUGCGCUGCCCGUCAGCAGGGAGGGAGCAGACGGAGGCCGCCGGAGACAGGUGUUAGAGCAUCGACCUGAACACUUCGGAUGAGAACAGAAUUGCCAAUCAACCACAGCCAUGGCCUAUAAUACCACCCGCGACCCAGCACAGCUGGCACAGACUAUCUCCGCCAACAUCCUGAGGAUAACACAAGCCUCUGCCGAGAUACAGAGGAUAGUGAAUCAGCUGGGGACCGUACAAGACACAGCCGAGCUACAGAACCAGUUGCAGCAGAAGAUACAAUAUGUGAACAAGCUUGCCAAAGACACGGACAAAUGUCUCAAGGACUUCUCGUCGCUCCCUUCCGACAGCGAUCAGAGACAGAGAAAGCUACAGAAGGACAGGCUGCUGAACGAGUUCUCCUCUGCCCUGACCAACUUUCAGAAGAUUCAACGCCUGGCUGCAGAAAAGGAGAAGGACUUUGUGGCCAGGGUCCGGGCUGGCUCCAGAGUAUCGGGUGGAGCACCAGAUGAUGGGAUUAGGGAUGGCUCUUUGGUCAACUGGGAAAACGAGAGUCAGCCGCAGGCAGUGAUGCAGGAGGAGCUGAUCACAGAGGAAGAUCUGCGGCUCAUAGAAGAACGGGAGACCGCCAUCAAUCAGCUGGAGGAGGACAUCAGAGGCAUCAAUGAAAUCUUUAAAGACUUGGGUAUGAUGGUCCAUGAGCAAGGAGAAAUGAUUGACAGCAUAGAGGCCAACGUAGAAAGCUCCGAGGUGCACGUUCAGCAAGCCAACCAGCAGCUGGCCCGAGCAGCGGAGUACCAGCGCAAGUCCCGGAAGAAGAUGUGCAUUAUCAUCUUUGUGGUCAUAAUACUAAUUGUCAUUCUGGCACUGAUUAUCUGGGCGGCCACCCGAAAUUAGGAAGAAUAAUAUCCUCCAAGUACUUUUUGUCUUUAUAUUCCAAACUGUUAAUGCUAAUCAUUGGAGAGAUGGCUUCCACGAUGAAGAUGAAGAAUACAACGUGUAUGUGUAAUCUCUAUGUCACAGGGCAUGGGGGAUUUACUACAACUGACCCGAGAAGACACCGCCAUGUUCUCCCGUGCACAGUAUGCAGUGUAGGCUCCAUACACAUUGUACCAAGCACUUGCACUAUCAAUAUUAGAAGAGAACUUAGAUUAUUCAUUGGAUUAUAGUGUAUACUGUGUGCCAUUCUAUUUAAAGGGAUGUUCACCUUUUGGUCAUUUGCACCCACACGGCUAAAGGUUUAACUACCUAAGCGCUUUUCCGUACAGCCGGCCUCAGUCUACAUAGAGAUUUGUAGGCUUUGUUGUACACCAAAAAUAUAGGAGCCCGUAGCAAAACUCAAAAUGAGCACCAGUCACCACUUAGAACUCUCUCAAGUUUAGUAUGCUCAGUACUUGUAUAAUAUAUUAAUGUGGAGUAGCUCUGUUUUUGACAAAUAAUAGAAUUCUGGUUAUAUACAGUCGCCACUAGAGGGAGCUAGCACUCAAUGGCAUCUGAAUGCUGUAAGCUCCCUCUAGUGACUUCUGCAUCAGAAGCAGUUUACAGCUGGACCUAUUCCCCUUGGCAGUUGUGUGCCCUUCCUCUAUGGCAGGGAUCAGCAACCUCCGGCACACCAGCUGUUGUGAAGCUACAACUCCCAGCAUGCUCUGUUCACUUCUAUGGGAGUUCUGAGAGUAUUCAAGCAGGGACGCAUGCCGAGAGUUGUAGUUUUUGGAGGUUGUUGACCCCUGCUCCAAGGGAAGUUAUGAGCGGACAUAGAUUUAGUGUACAAGAAAUGUUCAGCUUAUUUGUGACCAUGUGGGCUGAAGUGAAUGAAGGGUGAACAUCCCCUUUAAAGGGGUUUUUCCAUUAAAAUGUAAAAAAAAAAUAAAAAAAAAUAAGCAUUUGGGCCAUAAAGGGUUAGAAACUAAGAAAUGAACCGUACUCGCUCCACCACUGCUGUUCCGACGCUGCUCUGGUCUCCGCCGUUCAUCACUACCCGGUUCCUGCUCAGUAUGCUGAAGACUCAACCAUUCGCUGGCGGAGGCGGGGCAUUGCUAUGGUCUGUGAUCGGCUGAUCAGGCCUUUCCAGGCGUUUUCAGCUUGUCGAGCCAGUAACGGGAAGUGAAGAGCAGUGGGGAUCAGACCGGUGUCAGAAUAGUUUAUUUUUUUAUGUCUAACACUUUGUGGAUCAAUUUUUAUUUCUGAAGAAAAUCCCCUUUAAAUAAACCUUCCGUUGAAAUAUGAGGUGUUAAAUUAUGCCAAAAUGAUGUUAAAAGUAAUAUCCUGUGUAUUAAAAAGUAAUAUAAAAGUACACAAACUGAAUAUAGCUUCCAUGAUACUGUGCCAAAUACGAGACACUCCCGCACUGGUUCCCACCCAGCUUUACUAGGCCAGAUAAUUAUCCCCUGUUCCUGUCCUAUUGGAUAACUGAGGCAGAUUGGCCAUUGACUGGUCUUGGGUCUUUCAUAUAAAAAAAGGGCAAAAAUAGGGGAUUUUCUCUAUGUUCAUGAAUUUUGAGGGCAUUUUCUUUUAAUUUUGCUUGAGGUAUAGUUAUUUAUUAGAAAUUGUAAUGUAAACUUAAACAAUUCCAUAUACAGCGUGAUAAAAUGUAGGGGUCCAUCCUGUUCCUUGAGAUGCCAGAAUAUUGGUUUUCUGGACUGUUGGGUGUUCGUUUUGUUAUAGGGUUUACAGGGGUAAAGUGUUUUCCAACGCUUUCUACCAUUGAUCUGAUGAUCUUAAAGAGGUUCUCCAACUUCAGUGUAUUUUUUACUUUACCCCAAGCUCUUUCUUGGCUUGGGCUACAUGGGUCCCUGGGCUAUCUUCUCCAGACUUCAGGUCAUCACAGGUAAACCCUCCUGAAUGGCAGGGUCACAGCCACAGCGGUGACUUGUUCUCAAGCAGCUUAGGGAGACAUUACUACUGCAGCCAGUCAUUGGUUGCAGCAGAGCAUGUGACCCCAUCCAUGCAGGAGUUUUACAUGUGGGGACCAGAAGUCCAGAGAAGACAGCCUAGGACCCACAGAGUCGGUUGGGGAGCAGGGUAAGUAUGCUUACCUUGACAUGUCCCGCGGAGUGGGGGUGUAAUUAGAAAAAACACCUUGAACUUGGAAAAGUUCACUCCCUAAGAAUGCUGGACCAUGGGACAUUCUCCUGGUAAUCCAGCAUCAGAACUUGAUUUGGGUGACAUGCUUUCCAGAAAUCUAGUCCACAAGAUGUAGAUUUUCUACGCUAAUGGUGUAUGGUGUUUAUUAAAGAAGCAGCAUGUCCCUUCAGGCCCCAGUUUUGUCCACCCCAUAGGUCAUACCUGCCAAACACCUCGUGAUUAUACCACUGCUACAUAGCGAGUGUUCGUGGUGGGUUCCAGGUGAAUUGUGGGAGUGGUAGGAGUUACCCAAGUGUCUCCAAAAAUGAGGCCAUAUCUGUAUGCCAAUCCUACAUUGUGUGCUGGUGAACCUUCUGUGAAUUAUUUUGUCUUCUCCUGUACUAACCCUUGUCAAAAAGAAAACUCCCAUCAUUUUAGAGCCUGUCAGGCAGUGAGUUGUGCUGAAUUUUUUUUAAAUCUGUCCUAAAAAUAAAUUUUUUACAGGUGCCAACAAUACUGCUGGGCUGUAAGCCAUGGGGGGUUGAACUAACCAUUAAAGGUUGUGUCUGAGGGUA